AGAGGUGCUGAUACUGGAACAUGUAACGUUACUGACCCAUCGCCACCUGCGCACCUGUGCUUUCUUCACCGGAUAGCCUUAUGCCAAGGACGAUGCCGAACAGGCUGAGGAAGACUGUUGAUGGAGGGUGAUGCUUUUUUUACAGCAGCAGUGGCUGAGGCAGAGGCUCUUUGUACUGGGUAGCUUGGUGCUUGGGAGCCUUUUCUUUCUGGUGGCCAGAGAAGGCACUUUAGACAGACUGCAGCUCAUCUGUCCCAUUAAGGACAAACUGUCCCCUGCUGGUUCAUCAGGGCAGAUUCCUUUACAUACAUUGCAGCGCAAACAAGCUCUACAUCUCAAGCUGCACAGGAGAAACAGCACAAGGGAGCAACUGCGAAUGCACCACCUCAUUAAGCAGCUCCCCAGGGCCAUCAUCAUUGGGGUGAGGAAAGGUGGAACACGCGCUCUGCUGGAGAUGCUCAGUCUUCACCCUGCUGUUGUCAAGGCCUCCCAGGAGGUCCACUUUUUCGACAAUGAUGAAAACUAUGAUCGUGGGGUUGACUGGUACCUCAAAAAGAUGCCCUUCUCUUUUCCUCACCAAAUAACUAUUGAGAAGAGUCCUGCAUAUUUCAUCACUGAGGAGGUACCUGAGAGGAUCUUUAAAAUGAAUUCCUCCAUUAAACUUUUGUUGAUUGUGCGUGAGCCCACCACCCGCGCUGUUUCUGACUAUACACAGGUCCUAGAGGGCAAAGAGCGCAAGAACAAAACAUACAACAAGUUUGAGGAACUUGUGAUUGAUACCAAGACUUGUGAGGUGAACACAAAGUACAAGGCUGUACGGACAAGCAUCUACACCAAGUACUUAGAACACUGGUUAAAGUUCUUUCCCAUUGAGCAAUUUCACAUAGUUGAUGGAGACCACCUCAUCACAGACCCACUUCCAGAGCUUAAGCUGGUUGAACAAUUCUUAAACCUUCCAUCACGAAUCAGCCAGUACAAUCUGUACUUCAAUGCCACACGUGGGUUCUUCUGUCUGCGCUUCAAGUUCAUGUUCAGUAAGUGCCUGGCGGGCAGUAAGGGCCGGAUCCAUCCAGAUGUAAAUCUCUCCAUCAAGGAAAAACUGCAACGCUUCUUCCACCCAUUUAACCAGAAGUUCAUUCAGAUCACAGGCAGGACAUUCAACUGGCCCUGAAGAUUCCAAUAACAUCUG